GAUUCCUUCCGAAGGUAUGACCUGUCUCUGGCCUUGUGUAUCGCGGUGCAGCUGCUACGUGCAGGAGGUGUUAGGAUUAGGUUAACUAACUAGCAAUAGCGCACCUACCUGACAGGUCGGUAAGUGAAGUGGGAAUUGUACGAGUGGAGUUGCCACAAUGCUGAAAUGUAGAACUGUGUGGAAAAAGCUUGCCCCUCUUGGCAGAGCCUCAUCAACACUAUGUCGGCAAAAUGUGAGAAGAACAGGUUUGAACCAUGGGAGAAUACCAGCUCAUCUACCUGCGGUUCACAUGGCGACAGGGCCUGCAGGGGGCAGCAGGGAAAACCAGCUGUAUGUCCUCCUGGUUGGGGCAGCCUGCCUUGGUGGGGGGAUCUAUGUGUACCAAACUCUCAAAGGAGACCAGAAAAGAUAUGAUGAGCGUUUUGCAGUUUUACAUCAAGCCACCAGAGAGGAAAUAUACUCAAGCAUUCAGACAGAAGCUCCUGAGACCAUUGAGACAGAGGCAGUGCCCAAUCCAGAACCUGAAGUUGCACCUGUGUCGCAAGAGCCGAGCCCUUCUGCUGAUGCUGAGGCGGCGGCCCCGAGUGAGGCAGACGAACCUCUCCCAGCUGCAGAACCAGACUCUGCACUCAAGCUCCCCUCGCACGCUCCCUACCUCCUCAUUGGCGGAGGCACUGCCUCCUUCGCUGCUGCCCGCUCUAUUCGAGCCAGAGACCCUGGCGCCCGUGUUUUGAUUGUGACUGACGAGCAAGACCUACCGUACAUGAGACCGCCUUUGUCCAAAGAACUGUGGUUCUCUGACGACCCUGCUGUGACUGACACGCUGCGCUUCAAACAGUGGAAUGGAAAGGAAAGAAGCAUUUACUUCCAGCCACCAUCCUUCUACAUUACUCCCGAAGAACUGAGUAGUGCAGAGAAUGGGGGCGUGGCUGUUUUCACUGGAAAAAAGGUUGUUCAUAUGGAUGUGCGAGGAAACAAAGUGAAACUAGAUGAUGAUACUGAGAUUUCUUAUGACAAGUGCUUAAUUGCCACAGGCGGGGUUCCAAGAAAUCUGCAAGUCUUGGAAAGAGCAGGAGAGGAGGUGUUGAAGAAGACCACUCUGUUCCGUAAGAUUGAUGACUUCAGAUCCUUAGAUAAAGUUUCCAGAAAUGUCAAGUCUGUUGCAGUCAUCGGAGGCGGCUUCUUGGGCAGCGAACUGGCCUGUGCCCUCGGCAGGAGAUCACAAGAUUCUGGUCUGGAGGUUAUACAGAUGUUCCCUGAGAAGGGCAACAUGGGCAAAGUGCUGCCCGAGUAUCUCAGCAACUGGACGACAGAAAAAGUCAAGAAAGAGGGUGUAAAAGUAGUCUCCGAAGCACUGGUCAAGUCUGUCACCUGCAAAGAUGAGCAAUUAGAAAUCCAACUGAAGGAUGGUCGAUUGGUAAAAACCAAUCACAUCGUUGCAGCUGUUGGCCUGGAGCCCAACGUGGACCUCGCUAAGUCAGCAGGCCUCGAGGUGGACUCAGACUUUGGUGGCUACCGGGUCAAUGCGGAAUUGCAAGCUCGGUCCAACAUUUGGGUGGCUGGUGAUGCUGCGUGUUUCUAUGACAUCAGGCUGGGCCGUAGACGGGUGGAGCACCACGACCAUGCCGUCGUCAGUGGCAGACUGGCAGGGGAGAAUAUGACAGGAGCCAGCAAACCUUACUGGCAUCAGUCUAUGUUUUGGAGUGACCUGGGUCCUGAUGUAGGAUACGAGGCCAUCGGAAUCGUGGACAGCAGUUUGCCCACUGUGGGCGUCUUUGCCAAAGCCACAGCAAAAGACACACCAAAAGCUGCCACUGAGCAGUCUGGAACCGGUAUCCGCUCAGAAAGCGAAACGGAGGACGUCGCUUCAAGCCUAGUGGCCUCCACGACGCCCACACUUACUAGCACGCAAAAAGACGACUAUGGCAAAGGAGUCAUCUUCUACCUGCGAGACAAAGUGGUGGUGGGCAUCAUCCUGUGGAACGUUUUCAACAGAAUGCCCAUCGCUAGAAAGAUAAUCAAGGAUGGAGAGGAGCACGGGGACCUGAACGAAGUUGCCAAACUGUUUAACAUCCACGAGGAUUAAGACAGAGAAGACUUUGUGAACUUUGUCCUUUACAAUCUGGUCAUGUCUACAAUGACACGAUGUAUGUAAAUUAUGUUCUCUGUGGAUUAUUUUCAUACUCUAUUUUGAAAUUGCAAUCCCAGCAUCUGUCUUGUCUCUCACUUUUUGACCACCACCACCAAAAAAAAUGCCUGUGUGUGUAUGAUGGUACGCCACAUCUGUACAGCGCUGGCCUUCUUUGUCGUCACAGAAAGGCUGCAAUAAAAGCUAUUUUUAA